AUGGAUCAGCAGAAGCAACAGCAGCAACAACACGUGUCGCCAUUGUUGGAUGGCCCAACCGAAGUCGAUGUCAAACAAAGUCCCAUCAAAUUGCGGCUUGUACCGGCAAAAGGUGGUGACAGCGCGAAUGGGAAUGUUGUGGCAAAUUUAGUUGUUGUCAGCGAGGGAGAAAAUGGCAUAGUUGAGGGAGCCACAGACAUUGAUUUACCCUAUAUCGAUGAGACUGAGGUGGCAUCACCGGUAAAAAUCAAUCAAUUACAAAGUACCCGCUCGGCAAAGGAAGAGAAACCAAGGGUUCGCUAUUACGCUGUCGGUCCCUCUUCGUAUAAAAUCAAAUGUCCGCUGUGUAAUCAAAAUGCCAAUGCCUGUGUGAUGCGUGGCGCCACCUGUAAAGAUGCCACUUGUUGUUUAUCGUUGUUGUCGUGCAUAUUUCCGAUAUUUUGGCUGUGCUGUCUUUGCACUUGGUGUGGCUGCAACAGUGAAUGGCACACAAAUGGCCUGUACUGCAGCCAGUGUGGCGGUAAAUUGGGUAAAAUAAGGAAAGCGAUAUGAC